AUGAACACGACCAAGGAGUUUGCGACGGCCCCCGAUCGCCUCUCGUACGUGCACUCGAUCGACAAGGCGGCUAUUGCCGGCGAAGACUAUGAAGCCAACAAGACGCCCGGUGACCUCGAAGACGGUGCGCUCCGCGCCGGUGGUGCCCCCGUGUACACGUCGGCCGAGUGUCUCUCCAUUCUGUUUCAGUAUGCGAUGAUCGGUAUCGUCUACGGCGGUGUCGGCGCCAUGCGCUACGCCGUCGUCAACGGCUACUUCCAGCUCGAGACGAACGUGGCCAACUCGGCCAAGGCGCUCUUGGGUCUUGGCUGGUCGCUCAAGGUCGUCUUUGGCAUGUUCAACGACUGCUUCCCGAUCUUUGGUUACUCGCGCAAGCCGUACAUGGUGCUCGGCUGGUUCCUCUGCUCGAUCGCGCUCCUCGUGAUCGCCAUCAAGGACCACGGUGAGGAAGGUUCGCAGUCGGACGGCACGGUCUUCAUCCUCCUCGCGUCGAUUGCUGGCUUUUGCUACGUCAUGGCCGAUGUCGCCCAGGAUGCGCUCAUGCUUGCCGUUGCGCAGCGCGAGCCCGACGCUGUCCGCGGUCGUCUGCAGUCGUACUCGUACGCGACGCGCACGGUGUUUGCGGCCGGCAUCCAGGCCGUCUCUGGUUUCUGCCUCAGCUCGAAGCGCUUUGCCGGCGACUUUGACUGGGACAUUGGUAUCAACGGGUACUUUUGGAUUCUGGCCAUUCCGUCGUGCUUGAACGUGUUUGUGUGCUACUUCUUUGUCAAGGACGAGAAGCGCGUGCGUGUUCCACUUGGCAUCUACUUUGACCAGUUCUGGACGCUCAUUCAAAAGCGCGCGGUGUGGCAAGUGCUCCUCUUCAACUUCCUCUUUGGUCUCUUCACGGCCAUCGGCUCGACGGCCGGUGACUACGUCGCGCUCUUCUGGGCCGAAGUCGACAACGUCAACGCGCAGAUCAUCGGUGUCGUCAGCCAGCUCCUCUUUGCCGGUGUGCUCACGCUCACAGGCACCUACGGCACGCACUGGAACUGGCGCUUCGUGCUCGUGAUUACGAUCCUUGUCACGUACGCGAUCGACUCGGUCUGCCAGUUCCUCACCAUCUUUGCCGUCAUCCGCAACCAGUGGUUCUACCUCGGCGUGCCGCUCAUCGAAGUCGUCCCGUCCGGCAUCAACUUUGUCGUCGGCACGUACGUCAUUGUCGAGCUCGCCGAAGUCGGCAACGAAGGCGUCAUGUACGGUCUCCUCACCACGGUGGCCAACAUGCCGGGCACAUUUGGCACGCUCCUCACCAACAUCAUCGACAGCCAGCUCAACUACAGCGUGAAGCUCAUCCAGAAGGACGCUCCGGAGACGCGGACGGCCGUCGCCUACUCGUACAUCAUUUCGUAUGCGUGCGCGGUGCUCGGCUGCCUCUGGGUGUUCCUCCUCCCGCCGCAGCGCGCGGCCGUCGCCGAGCUCAAGAAGAACGGCGGCAGCCACCCCAAGGUGGCCGCGCUCAUCUUCUUUGGCCUCUUCAUGGUGCUCCUCACGUCCAUCACGGGCAGCUUGAUGUCCAUGUUCAAGAGCACGAGCUGCUUCCGCAUUGCCGGUGGCCGCGAGCCGUGCCCGGAAGACGCGCCGCAGACGUACAUCGCCAUCAUCUUGGUGCCGGGUGCCAUCGUCGCGUGCGCUACCUUGUACAAGCUCUACAAGAAGUAG